AAUCCUUGCACAUGUCCUCUCUGGACAAAGGCUCUGUGCCCUUUAACUCAGAGGUCCUGAGAGGUGGUGCCAAUCACGACAGUGAGGGACAGCCCUACACUAUGGGGCGCCCCGUCCCAGCCUGUCCCUUCCCUGAUCUGGUCACCGUGUCUCCCUCGGGUGUCCCAGCCCAGGGACUAUGGCCUGAACCCCCUGCCGAGUUCCUGGAACCCAGGCGGGCCCUCUAAGUGUCCUCUUUCGUGGGGCUCCUCCCCUUCUGUGGGGGCGGAGUGCCAGGAUGUACUACCUCUCGGCCCCCACCCAGGAUGUGUCCCUGGGGUGUGAGUUCAGGGGUCUCAGUCAGGCCAGUCUCCAGGGACCCCUGACCUGCUCUCACCUCCACCUGUCAGAUCCCUGCCCACUUCCCAGAGAAGGGCUCUGCCUCUUGGCUUCCCCUGGCUUUGGGCAGUGGGUAGUGUGGCAGGGGGCCAGCGGGGAGUAGAGUCUGAUGAUCCACCCACCCAGGGCCUGCACGGGCCGGCACACAGCACAGGGCCCAGCCUGUGGCACAUGAGGGGCAGAGGGUAUAGCCACUUCGGUUCAAUAGGAGCUGUUACAUGGAUGAUGCUGAGCUGAGGUGGGUGGGGUGGGUGGCAUCGGUCCCUCCUGUGCCCCUGACGGGGGGGCUCACUGGUUCCCCUGCCCACAGGCGCUUCUGGACCCUCCUCCUCCUGACCCUGCUCCUGCUCCUGCUGGUUGGCCUCCUGCAUGUGGAUGUGGAAAUGCUCACACCCCUACUCCGGGGCCAGACUGAGGGGCUGCCCGUCACCAACAUCAUGUUUCUCAAGACGCACAAGACCGCCAGCAGCACGGUGCUCAACAUCCUCUUCCGUUUUGCUGAGAGGCACAACCUGUCGGUGGCGCUGCCAGUCGGCUCGCGCUUCCACCUGGGCUACCCCUGGCUCUUCCUGGCGCGCUACGUGGAGGGCAUGGGGCAGGAUGGCCCACAGCGGCACUUCAACAUCAUGUGCAACCACCUGAGGUUUAACCUGCCCGAGGUGCAGAAAGUGAUGCCCAACGACACUCUAUACUUUUCCAUCCUCAGAAACCCCAUCUUCCAGCUGGAGUCCUCCUUCACCUACUACAGACGCGACGCGCCCGCCUUCAGGGCCGCCCCGAGCCUGGACGCCUUCCUGGCGGCCCCGCACACCUACUACAACCAGAACCUGAGCAACGCUUACGCCCGGAACCACAUGUGGUUCGACCUGGGCUUCGACCCCAACGCGCCGGUGGAGGAGAGCUACGUCCGCGCGCGCCUGGCCGAGGUGGAGCAGCGCUUCCAGCUGGUGCUCAUCGCCGAGCACUUCGACGAGUCCAUGGUGCUGCUGCGGCGCCGGCUUCGCUGGCGGCUGGACGACGUGGUCUCCUUCAAGCUCAACUCGCGCAGCCAGCGCACCGUCACCCGCCUGACGCCCGAGGGCCAGGAGCGCGCCAAGCGCUGGUGCGCCCUGGACUGGCACCUCUACCAGCACUUCAACCGCACCUUCUGGGCCUCAGUGCGCGCCGAGCUGGGCCCACGGCGACUGCGCUCCGAGGUGGCGAGGCUUCGGGCGCGGCGGCGUGAGCUGGAAGCCCUGUGCCUGCAGGACCGCGCGCCCAAGAACAAGACGCAGAUCACCGACCGCAGGCUGCAGCCGUUCCAGUCCGGGGAGGCCAGCAUCCUGGGCUACAACCUCAGGCAGGGCUUGGACAACGAGACGCUGCGCAUGUGUCAGCGGAUGGUCAUGCCCGAGCUCCAGUACAUGGCCCACUUGUACACCCUGCAGUUCCCCGAAAAGCCCCCCAAGGACAUCCCCUUCCUGAAGGCAUAGCCCCUCCGUUUGAUGCCCGUCCCUCUGCUGUCACGCUGGGAGGCCCUGGGCACGGCCUCAGGCUCCUAGCUGGGCUCCUGGGAUUACAGCUGCCCACUCCCAGUGUCCAGUGAGGAAAACGCCUGCAGGGGGAGCUCAUGUUGGACGCAGUCCCGGAAGAGAGCCUGUUUGUUGUUCGUGGGGAGGGACUGAGGGCGCCCUGCCUGGCAGGACAUGAUUCCUGGCUGCUUGGGGGCCCAGCGGUGAGAGUGGGAUGCACACAGUCAGUGUCUUAUGCCCUUCAAAACACGUGGUGCCCGGAGCGCUGGAGGAAUAGCUGCUCUCACAGCUCAGCCUGGAGGCUCAGCCUGGCCUGCCUGCCCGGUGCUGGGGGCCCUUCCUUUCCCCUCAGGACCUCCAGCUCAGAGGACCUGGCAGCUGGGCUGGGCACCUGCAGCGGGUGCUCCUGUGUGUAGGUAUGUCCACACUUUUCAGGUGAAUCAGCAUUUCAAAGAAGGGGAGCCCCCCAAAUGAUCAGAACAGGAGGCAGCCGCUCCCUGGAACACUGGGAACUGAGGACGUGGCCCUUGUCUUCUCCCAGGAGGGGCAAACUUUUCCAAAGUGAUUUUUCAGCCACAGAGCAGGGUACAAAACAAGCUUUCCUAGUACCAUGGCUUGUUAGGAGGACACUCCUCACGGCACUACCACCAGGUGACUUCAGCUCGUUAGGAAAACCUGGUCCAGUUAAGACAGGUCAGUAAGCCAGGGGAAGUAGGAGAGGAAAAUUGAGACAAAUAUUUAAAUGACCUAGCAGUUUAGCCAGCUAGUAAAUCGCAAAAUCCUAUAUUCCGUAACCAACGACACCUAAGAGUAAAUGGUUUACCCUUCUUCGUAAUCAGAGGGUAUACAGCUUAAAUGACUCCUCAGAGAGGUAGAUAACAGAAACCCAGUUAGUACAGUUCGUACCAACCACACCCAAGGAUAUGAAUUUGCCCGGCCUGGCGUGGUUCAGUGGUUGAACACUGACCUAUAAACCAGGAGAUUGUGGUUAGAUGCCCAGGUUGCAGGCUCGCUUCCCAGUGGGGGUUGUG